GGGGCAGCUUUGGCUCCCAGCAGUAGCUGCGGCCAAGACCUGCCAUGCACCGGGUUCAUUGUUCAGAAGGAGUGGGCCGACCUCAUUUUGUCUGGGCAGAAGAUCUGGGAAAUUCGGGGAGAAGUUACGAAGAAGCGGGGCCGUGUGGCCAUCUUCGAGAAGAAGAGUAGGGACAUAGCUGGCGAGGUGGAGAUCACGGGCUGCAUUCUUGUGGGCCACUGGGAUGGACACGCCUGGAGUGCUCCAGACGAGCGCCGCAACUAUCUGUGGUUGCCGGAGAACAAAGACAAGCACAUGAUUCAAGGAACAAGAACUGUGACCUACAAGAAUGCGUAUGCCUGGGUUCUACGGGCCCCGCGGCGGUACGAGUCGCCGAUUCCUUUCAAGCGCCCCAGGGGCUGCGUGAAAUGGGUAAGAAUUGGCAAGUCGGAGAGCAGGCAGCAAGAAACCGCUGGUUCAGACAUCGGUGUCCUCCAUGCCCACGAUGAACUUCCUGCUGAUGCUGCUAGCUGGGUAGGGCAGUCGCUGCGGACGCUGCCGACGCUCGGGGACGGAGCGUGUGCUCUCCAUGCAGCUUUCGGGGAGAUGAAUGAGGGCGGAUUUCUAGAGUGUCCUCAAGCUCGCGAGCUGGCGUUACAUGCUCUGGAAGCAGCCUUGCAAGGGGAGGACGCGCGUGCCAGGCGACUCAGAAAGAACAUGUGGCAGGAACUAGCGCGCCCAGCUCUUUGCGCCAGCGAUGCGAGCCCAGAAGCGAAACUGUUCUGGCAAGUCUUUGUUGACAAGCAUCCCGAAGAGGCGGCUCUUGCGGAGGAAGCGGCCGGCCGCGAAGCAGAUCUAGUUUUGCAAGAUGCUAAGCGACGCCAGGCACUGACUGAGGCCUGUCGGUCUUUUUUCCUUGGCAGCUCCUGGGAUUGUGUGUGCGACUUCCUGUCCAACGUUGGCUACAUGGAGCACGAAGCUAGCCAGCCAUGCUUCGAAAUGCGGCAAGGGCGAGCGGUAGUAAAAGGCACCCAGCUUGAACUUCCUGCCGAGGGGCCACAGACGAAGAUGGAAGCUAUUCGCACUGAGGCGAACAUGUUCGACGCACUUCGUCUCGGAGUGCUUUUGAACAGCAGUCUAGACUCAGUGCUGUCAGCGCUAGAGAACGGCUCGCUGGAUAUGGAGCGGCGCGCCGAGUUGGCAACCGCGCUACGCCGUUUUCAGCAAGCUGCAGUGGCGACGUCGCUGGAGCCACCCGGCUUCGAGGAAGCGGCCGUGGCUGCGUAUCUCGUUGCCAUUCAGCAGGAAGCCUAUUACUUCAGCGUGGAAGAACUCGCGAUCAUUUGUCGCCAGCUGGAGACGAAUGUGUUGGUUCUGAAGGAAAUGGCCCAAUUCCGUCUACAGGUGGAAGCUACAGUGCACAGCAGGAUCGGCGGAGAGUUCAAAGCCAUUGUGCUGCGAGAUGCUGGCGGCCGCGAGCACGUCCGGAGUCACUUCGAGCGAGUCGAGGUGAUUCCGACGCCCAAACCGGACACCUGGUCAGGAAGCAGCGGCCGACAUGGAAAAGAAGACGUCGAGGAGCAGGCUGACUGCGCGACAAGCGCAACCUGGUCUGGCUCUAAGGGCCCCAGCUGCGGCUCUGAGCAGUUCGAGAAAGACGUUGCGCACGUCUUGACGGCGUUCGAGACUGGGCAGGACGCCCUGGCUCGUCUGGCUGCCUUGCCGCAUCACAGUCCUGAGAUCGUGGAAACAUCUUUUGAGCAGCUGCGCCAGAAGCUGCAUGGCCUAGUCGGUGCAUACGCGCACGAUCGCUUGACGUCCGAGGAUGCCGUGAAGGUCCAGUACCCGCUGUGGCGAGCCGGCUUCUAUCCACUGGCGGUGCUGUUCGAGUGUUGGAGCCGCAGCACGGGCAUCCCUGCCGUCUUCUACACGGACGCGUUCGGCAGCUUGUUCACAAGCGUGUGGCACAAAGAGCUAGGGGCGGAUGUCGCUGGCUUUACAUCUCGCAGCAGGUACUGGUGUUGCGGUACAGCGCAGCCUGGAGGCGGCAAGACUCCGGCCCUUGAACCAAUGCUCCGCAUGUUGCAGGGCUGCAUGAAGAAACUGCCUCACUUUGCAGCCGGCAGUCCAGCAGACUCUUUCAACGUGGUCGAGCCCAUGACACACGCGGCAGCCAUUGCAAAGCUGCGUGACACAGAGGGAUACGGCCUGAUCGCCGCUGGAGAAGGCGGGCCCGUCCUGUGUCCGGCUUGGCCGAGCAACGGGACGUGGACACAAAACACACACAUCAACUUGCAGCGGCUUCUGAAUUCCGCACAAGGCGGAUCAGUUAGCUGGGAGACGGCUUUCGAUCGGAAAGAUCGCAAGGCGGCCACCGGCGAGGACGCCAAGGCCCCGUGCGAGAGCACCAACGUAACCAUCGCGUUGUUUCAGCAGCUUUCGGUGUUCCGCAACUGGUGCCUUGUCUGCAAUCGGAACGGUGGUGUUUCAAAGUUGUCGUGCGACUACAGCAGCAACGCAGCAGUGUGCUUUCUAGAUAAACAUCCCAGGUGGGCGCAGGGGGAGCUUCGUUCGAGCAUCGGGCUUGCACAGCGUUUCAUUUUUUCUUUUGGCGCAGUGCGACAGCCGGGCAAGCCGCAAUUGCAGCCAUUCGAGAAUGAGGUUGUGCGGCCCGUGCUAGAACGUUUAUUCGAAGCUGUGCUUCAGCAUCUAGGGCCGAAGACGGCUCUGCAUGAGGACUCGCCGCACAGAACGUGGCGGCUGGCAGGCAGUCUUCGAGAAGAAGUUCACAAGUACCGGCUGGCUACCUUUGACUGCAAUCAAAGGUCGUUUUUCGGCGAAGUCUUUGCAAGCGGUUUGAACAAGAGCGUCUACUGGCUUGGUGCUACAGCGACCCUUAGCAGUAUCCUGGAAGAGCUAUGGCCUUGUGUCAUGGGUGCGUCUGGAAAAGGCCUGGGCUGGACAGGUAACAUUACAGCCAAUGCGUUGAAGCAAGCCAUGGUUUUUUUCCAAGAGCGCUAUUUAUUUGGCCUUGCGACGCUGGACGUGGAGACGCGUCGACUGCUGACCAAGCGGGCCGCACAGUUCCCAGAGUGCAAAGACCAGGCGGGCAGUGAAGAGGGUCCAAGUUAG